AUGGCUGAAGACAUCAAGAUUAAAAUCAAGAACUACAAAACUGUUCCCUUUGACAGCCGCUUCCCAAACCAGAACCAGACUAAGAACUGCUGGCAGAACUACCUGGACCUCCACUGCUGCGAGAAGGCAAUGACUGCAAAGGGGUAUGAUGUCUCCAUGUGUGAAUGGUACCCACAUGUGUACAAGUCCCUCUGCCCUGUGUCAUGGGUGACUACAUAG